AUGUCUGCCGCCAGAAACCUCCAAAAGGCCCUGCGCCCUCUGGCUCGCCAGGUGGCCUCCCCCGCCGUCCAGAGACGCACCUUCGUUGCCGCCGCCGGUGCUGUCCGCGCUGCUGCCGUCUCCCGCGCCGCUGCCCCCGUUGCUAAGCAGCAGACCCGCGGUGUCAAGACCAUCGACUUUGCCGGUCACAAGGAGGAUGUCUACGAGCGUGCCGACUGGCCCGUUGAGAAGCUCCAGGACUACUUCAAGAACGACACUCUCGCUCUCAUCGGCUACGGCUCCCAGGGUCACGGCCAGGGUCUUAACCUCCGUGACAACGGCAUCAACGUCAUCAUUGGUGUCCGCAAGGAUGGCAAGUCGUGGAAGGAUGCCAUUCAGGACGGCUGGGUUCCCGGCAAGAACCUCUUCGAGGUCGACGAGGCCAUCUCCAAGGGUACCAUCAUCAUGAACCUGCUCUCGGAUGCCGCUCAAUCCGAGACCUGGCCUCACAUCAAGCCCCAGAUCACCAAGGGCAAGACCCUCUACUUCUCCCACGGUUUCUCCCCCGUGUUCAAAGAUCUCACCAAGGUCGAGGUCCCCACUGACGUCGACGUCAUCCUCUGCGCCCCCAAGGGUUCCGGCCGCACCGUCCGCUCCCUUUUCAAGGAGGGCCGUGGCAUCAACUCCUCCUUCGCCGUCUACCAGGAUGUGACCGGCAAGGCCAAGGAGAAGGCCAUCGCCAUGGGUGUUGCCAUUGGCUCCGGCUACCUCUACGAGACCACCUUCGAGAAGGAGGUCUACUCUGACCUCUACGGUGAGCGCGGCUGCCUCAUGGGUGGUAUCCACGGCAUGUUCCUCGCCCAGUACGAGGUUCUCCGUGAGCGCGGCCACUCCCCCAGCGAGGCUUUCAACGAGACCGUUGAGGAGGCUACCCAGUCCCUCUACCCCCUCAUUGGUGCCUACGGCAUGGACUGGAUGUUCGACGCCUGCUCCACCACCGCCCGCCGCGGUGCCAUUGACUGGACUCCCAAGUUCAAGGACGCCCUCAAGCCCGUCUUCAACAACCUCUACGACUCGGUCAAGGACGGCUCCGAGACCAAGCGCUCCCUCGAGUACAACUCCCAGCCCGACUACCGUGAGAAGUACGAGAAGGAGCUCGAGGAGAUCCGCAACCUCGAGAUCUGGCGCGCCGGCAAGGCCGUCCGUGCCCUCCGCCCCGAGAACACCAAGUAAGGUGUUUGAAGGAGUGUUGUGGUGUUGAUGGUGGUGGUGGUGGGUUGAUUGGUUUCUGGUCCAGGAAAACAAAAACAGUUUAUGAUACUCUGGUCAUGGGAUUGGGAGCAGAAAAAGGUUCACGGAAAAUGGACUUGUGUGCCCAAACACUAGGGGAUACGGGAUAUACCUCGGGCAAAUGGGGAUCAAAAAGCCUUGAUUCGUUUUGCGGCCAUUGCGAUGUUUUUUCAUUUUUCUCAAGUUUUUCUUUCAGUUAAUGGGUGGUUCUUGUACAUAUAUACCUGAUGAAUGCAUUUCGGAGUUGACAUGGAGAGAACUUUUGUUUCAAGGUUUAUGUGUGCUUUAUGUGAGGUGAUGUGGUUGGAUGUGUAGGAUCCACCUCGGAACGUCGAUUGAAUAUCGAGCGUUGUCAAGUUAAGCAGCAAUCAAGUCAACUUGGUGAAGUAAAUCAUUAUGGAAAUUUGGUGGUGUUUACAGCAGUGAUUUCUAUCUUUUGGUUUCAGACUCCUCUAGUCCAACAUUUACUGGUCCUUGAACAGCUCCCCCAAUGCAGCCAAACUCACAUUUCCACCACUAAAUACCACCCCCAGAUCCCACCCCUCCUCUCCCCCUUCCUGCUCAACCAUUUUCCUAAAAUCCUCGUUAUACAGCGCAACUGCUAAGCCGACCACAGCAGAGGGCUCAACCACCACCUUGAGGCGCUCAUACACCAGCCUCAUGGCCGCCCUGAUCUGGUCCUCGGUGACGGAGUACAUCCCGUCGACCAACCUCCUUUCAUAAAUGAUACUCCAGGGUAUCUUGCCCACCGGCGUCCUCAGCCCAUCACCAAUGGUCAGCGACUUGACGGCCUCGACUCUCUUACCAGAGUAAUAUCCCCUCUUGCCGUCGUCUGCCCCCUCAAAGGAGGGCUCAGCACCAAAGACUUUUGUCUCGCUCUCGGAGCAGGCGAGGGCGGUGCCGGAGAGGAGACCGCCGCCUCCGC